AUGCUAUAUGCACAACCCACAACCAAUGCCGUUACCUUGGAAGAGUUACCGACUGUUCAGUUAGCUCCAGGUUCGUACAACCCGGUCAACAAACGGGUCGUAUAUGUCGGUGGACUUGCAGACCAGGUUGAUUUACCGCUGCUGCGGGCAGCGUUUAUCCCAUUUGGGGACAUUGUCAGUAUCAACAUGCCAAUGGAUUACCAGACCGAAAAACAUCGCGGGUUCGCUUUUAUUGAGUUUGAGGAGAUGGAGGAUGCUAUGAGUGCUAUUGACAACAUGAAUGAAAGCGAGAUUUUCGGGCGGACCAUCCGAGUAAACGUUGCGAGACCGGUACGGAUCCGCGAAGGUUGGAGCAGGCCAGUAUGGUCGGAUGAAAACUGGCUUAAGAAAUACGGUAGUGCCACGCUUGAACUGAAGCCAGUAGAGGAACCCGAAGUCGUACACCCUGCAGGAACAGUUGCGGCUGAUGAAAUGGCACAAGAAGAGAGCGAGCCAGCAGUCAAGCGUGGCAAACGCAAUUUACCCAAAGUGUUUAUGGAUAUGCGUAUUGGUGGCGUAGACUCGGGCCGAAUAGUAAUCGAAUUACGCGCUGACAUUGUUCCCCGUACGGCGGAGAAUUUCCGAGCACUGUGUACAGGCGAACGUGGUUUCGGCUAUCAUAAUUCUUCGUUUCAUCGGAUGUGCCAAGGAGGCGAUUUUACCAAAGGUGACGGAACCGGUGGCAAAUCGAUCUACGGUCGGAAGUUUGACGAUGAGAACUUUCAGCUACGUCAUGAAGGAUUGGGUACCCUUUCAAUGGCCAACUCUGGACCGAACACGAACGGAUCGCAGUUCUUCAUAUGCACAAGCAAAUGCGAUUGGCUCGAUGGAAAACAUGUUGUGUUUGGCCGUGUCACUGAAGGGCUGAAUGUGGUGAAAAAGAUUGAGGCCGUCGGAUCCAAAUCGGGAAAAACAAAGGAACAAGUGACGAUUGCACGUUGUGGUGAAUUGGUCUGAUCGCGAGAGGCAGCUACCGCGAAGUGAACGGAGAAUCAUCCGCACUGACGGUGCAUGUACAUACUUCGCACAUACAAUUAUAUAUUUU